AUGAAAAAAACCUCGCUUUUCAAUCCCAAAACUUGGUCCUCGAUUCAUCACCCGCUGCCGCGAACUCCCCGGGAAUCUCAACAGCUCCUUGGUGCCCUUACAUCCUCCUUUCGUCGUCAGCUUGACCAUGAGUAUCCCACGUCUGCCGCUCCCGAGCGGACGAACAAAGGCAGGGAGCACUCCGUAAGGUCCGACUCUGCCGCGCAUAUGGCCGACAAGCUUUUCGAGAACAUCUUGGAGAAUCCCCUCUUCCGGGUGGCUCCGUUGAAAGAACGAAAGCCAGGAGUGCCGGCCUAUCAUGAAAGAAUUACCAGAGAGCCAAUGGUCAUUUUUGAUGAAUGGGUUGCGUCAGGACUAAUGACGAAUGGGAGGCUGGCACUGUGUCUGAAGUCUCAGUACCUUCUUUCUACUACGGGCAAGCAUACCAAGCAUGAACGCACACAGGCCUUGAAGGCUACCAGAGCUGGUUCGAAGGUCGUCUCGUGGUGGUUCGCAUCUGAACCGGCAGUGAGGGAGAAGCUUUUUGCAUCGAGAGAAGCGACUAAAUAUUUGUUCAAAUUCUUGGUUGCGGAGGCGAUGCAGGAUACCGUUAUGGGUUGGUUAAGGAUGUUUUUGGGCCCAGACCACGAGAUGCCUAGCAGGUCGCUCCAUCCAGACAAUUCUCUACCUUUUCUUAGCCGCCUGGCCGAUUUUCUGCACGCAGAAGUUGAGUGUGGUCGUGGCUUGGGAUCUGCUGUGACAUAUUUUAUCCAAUCAUGCCAAUUGGCCUCGACUUUGGCCGGCAAACCCAACGGGGAUUACAGCGAAACUCAGCGCAGGAAGCUCAAGUUUGCAGGCUUCAGACUAAACAGGCUGGUCGUUGGACAUUACCACACCCAAGCUACAAAGCUUCCUGUUUCACCAUACGAGGAGUACAUGGAAUUCAUGUUUUCCCUGGCACAGAAUAACAUAUUGAACGACGCCCUAUUUCUUUACCAUCCCACACAUCCGGAUGCUGGGCCGUUCCUUCGACAAGUGGAGCAGUUAUCAUCAGAAUUCCUAGAACCCGGGAUCAAAAGGCAAUUCGAAAAUGCGCGCGGUAUGUUUAUUCAGGCCGGGUUUCACGCCCUUCGUCUCUUAAUCGACCAGGAGCGAUUUGGCGAUGCUACGCGUCUUGCGCCCUACAUUCAACGAUUACUUAACGGUGAAGAUGCCACAGAUACGACAUCAGAUGCUUUCUACCGUGUGUCUGAUGAGGAAGAACGUCUUCUUGAUCGUUUGCAAUUCUCAUUAACUUGA